GACAUCGACGUGAUCUUCUACGUCGAAUGCGUGCUCGAGUCCUGCACAGUAAAAGACUUCUUUAGCCACGAUGGAUGGGGGGAGGAAAGGGAGGUGGGAAACACAAACCAGGGUGCUGGGGGUGUUCGACUGGGUCUUACCAAAGUGAUGAUGGGCAAGGUCGAAACUGAGGUCCCUAGGGCAGCAGAGGCCGGCUUAUAUACAUGGGGAGAUAAGGGCAGGCUGUGCGCGUUGGUCCGUGCGCAGCUGGUCCGUGCGCAGCAUGCUGACGCGGCCCCGGGGGCCGGUGAGUCAGAGCAGCUGUGUCAGCGGAGCCCGAGCUGUGCCGUGCACUGCCGCCCCAUCUAA